CAAGCUUCCUCUGUUAAUCUUGUAUCCAUUACCAUAAGUAUACGCCUUGUAAUUGCUUGGACGGAAAACUUAUUGAUAUCCUUGUCUUUCAAGCGCAAUACUGUCACACGAUGGCCUUCAUCUGUUAGCGAUGGUAACACAAAGUAUUCGCUGGUACAUUACUUAAAAAGUGAGCAGUCAAAAAAGGCUUGGCAGUGUCAAGAUGUUGUGCAGCAUCAUCUAGUAAAAAACGCAACGGAGAUUCUUUAUUGUCUGCUUGAGGAGAGCUGCCAUUGUCCCCGUUUACACGUGACGCUUCUCGGUUAUGAAAAUGACAAAUUGAUCGAAUCUAAGGGAAUGGAAAAACGUGGUAGUCCGGGACCACAGCCAGCGGGUGACAUUGGACCACUUAAAUGGAAUGAUCAGCUAGCUGAAAUAGCUCAAAGAUGGGCUAAUCAGUGUUUAAAGGGUCAUGAUGAAUGCAAAAGUGCUUACUAUGUGGGCCAGAAUAUAGGUGGAGGUUAUGUUUAUCCUGGUGAACUUACAUUAGAAGAAAUUAUAAAAGGCUGGUACGACGAAGUUCAACUUUUCAACGCAAACCAUGUAGAUCGCUUUGCAGGAAGUCAGCCAAAUCGUAUUAUUGGUCAUUAUACUCAAUUGGUCUCGGGAAGAACAACUGAAAUUGGAUGUGGUAUAUUGAAAAAUUAUAAAUCUUUUCCCGAAGUCCAAGCAAAGAAAACGACUUUAAUUUGUAAUUAUGGACCAGGCGGCAACAUCUUGGACCAACCAAUGAACCCUGGAUGCAAAUUUUUUAUGAUAACUAAUGUCCUUACACCUGAAGAAAAAAAAGAAAUCCUGAACCUGCAUAACGAACUUAGGUAUAAACAUGCCACCAUGAGUGAGAGUUAUGGUGAACUUCCUUUUCCGGAAAAUUACAAAGAGUUCACCUGGAGCGACGAAUUAGCUGAAAUAGCUCAGACAUGGACUAACCAGUGCAUGGGAAGAGAUCAACAUGAUAAAUGCCGAAGAACUGAUAAAAUAGAACAUGUUGCUCAAAACAUCGCUGAAGGAGAAGGAAGCAUCAGAGAUUUGGUGAAUCAGUGGUACGGUGACCUCAGAGUUUUGAAGAGUUCGGACUAUCGUAAAUUGGAAGAGUGGGAUCGUUGGGAGGUGGAGACUCAAGCUUAUCGUUACAAAACAUUCGUUUGGAGCGAAGUUAGGGAAUUAGGUUGUGGUGUCAGUGUAUUGCCAAAUCGUAAUACUUGUAAAAAUUCAAUGAUAAAAAAUCAAAAAUUUUCCUUGAAUUUCACUGAAAAAAUUCAAAUUUUAAAUUUACACAAUGAAUACAGACAGAAAGUUGCUCGUGGAAAAGAAACUCGCGAAUUGUUCGAAGUAUCUCAGCCAGCUGGAAUAAUUGGCAACCUUACAUGGAACGAUGAAUUGGCCAAAAUCGCUUUGCGAUGGGCACGUCAGUGCAUAUUUGAUAAUGAUCAGUGCAGAGAUAUUAAGAAAGGACGCGUUGGCCAAAAUAUAGCUAAGCUAGGUGGAGACGGUCCCUACGGGCCGAGCUUCAACAUGUUAAUCUCAUCGUGGUACGAUGAGGUGGAAAAGUUCGACUCAAGGUAUGUCAAAAACUUCCACAUGGACAACCAGACGCGCAAAAAAGUAGGACAUUACACGCAGCUUGUUUGGGGCAAUACUAAAGAAGUCGGUUGUGGGAUUAUGCGGAACUUCAAUAAAACUGAUAAGCUUGUCUAUGACUUUGACAGAAAAUUGAUACCCAAGUUUAACCCAGACCCGGAAACGUUCAACAAAAUUAGCAAUUUCACUCAAAUUUUAUGGCACAAAACCGCGGAAGUUGGUUGCGCUAGAGCAGUGGAUGAAAUAGGUGUUAAGCUAUACAAAAUUACUCUUGUUUGUAACUGGAAGCCAGCGGGCAACAUAUUUGGCACAUAUUUUUUUACACCAUUUUGGCAGCUAUUAUUGCUGUUGUUGCUGCUGAUCGAUGUCAUCCAGAAACUUGCAAUGGGAAGCAACAUACUGCUUGUGUCUAUCUCCCCAGCACCAGCAUCAACGUGUAACAAAGUUCAGACAACCGGAGUGAAAGAUUAUGAAAAAAAAGAAAUCGUGGAUGCCCACAACAAAUUCCGCGCCAAGGUAGCUAGCGGAAAAGAAUCUCUGGGUCACCCUGGACCACAACCAGCUGGAAUAAUUCCACCCUUAAAAUGGGACGAUGAAUUGGCUAAGACUGCUCAGAUUUGGGCUAACCAGUGUCAAAUGGGACAUGACAAGUGCCGUGAUGUCGAUCGCUUCCAAGUUGGACAGAAUAUCGCGACAAAAAUGCACAGCGCAAAACACGUUGCUACAAUGUCAGAAUUGGUGCAAUUAUGGUACGACGAAGUGAAGGACUUCGACAGUCGCCAAGUAAGCGCCUUCAAAUGGCAAUCUACCCCACAAAUUGGACACUACACUCAACUUGUUUGGGGCGACACCACCACCGUCGGUUGUGGUCUCAUCAGUUUGAUUCAUUUUCACAAUAACGUUGCUAUGAUAAGUUUGGUGUUGGUUCUUGCGGUUGUCGGGUCCGCUUUAUCUUGGCGAUGCAAUCCACCGACAUGCAAUGGUGCUCAGCAUACUAUGUGUAGAUAUCGAUCAGCAUGGCCUGCAGCGACCUGCGGUACGGUACAAUCGAGUUCUUUGACCUCGGGCGAAAUAAACGACAUUCUUCGAACACAUAAUGACAAGCGGGCGUUCGUGGCAAGAGGUGCCGAAAGGCGUGGAAUUGCUGGCCCUCAACCCGCUGGAAGAAUCCCGCCCCUGACGUGGGACAAUGAACUGGCACAAAUUGCACAGAGGUGGGCUAAUCAGUGCCAAUUUGGUCAUGACACAUGUCGUAAUGUUGAUCGCUUUCGAGUCGGACAAAACAUCGCCAAAAUGAUGUAUAGCAACAAUUAUCAUGUUAGAUUGUCCGACUUGGUGGAACAUUGGUACAACGAAGUGAAGGAUUUCAAUAGGAACUACGUUCGCCGUUUUCGAUGGCAAUCUUCGCCAAAAAUUGGUCAUUAUACUCAGCUUGUUUGGGGAAAUACUAGGACGGUUGGUUGUGGAGCCAUUAGGUACAAAGAUUGGUACUGGUACACUACUUAUUUGGUUUGCAACUAUGGACCUACUGGAAAUUAUAUCGGUCAGCGUGUUUAC